AUGAAUAUGUUGGAUGAUGAAGAUGACCAAAGCUUUCACGCUACGCGUGACGGCUACUCCCAUUUGAGCGAUGUCGAAUGGGAUGCGGUUGAACGGAUGGGUUCAACCAUGGGCAUCCAUGCUGUUAGCGUCAUGCUAGAGGCUCUCGAUAGAGAUGCCCAACAUGCUACUUUCGCCAAGUUCAUUCAAAAUGAACUUGACGCAGAACGCGAGAAAGUAGCCUUGCUUCACCAACAAGGUUCUCAACAAGCAGAGUUGUUGAGAGAACAGGGUGCUCAACAGUUUGAACUGUUGAGACAGCAGCAGGCUGCUGCUGGUGGGUCGAUGCCCUCGCGUCGACCCGAGACUUUGAAGAUUGACAUCUCCAAGUAUAGGGGGGCGCGUCGCAUCGACGACGGGGAUAUGCAAGUUGCAUUUGCCCAGUCAAAUCUGGCAGGACGUGCCAAGACUUGGGCACUGGGGCUCAAGUUGCACGACCCAUAUGCGUUUGGGUCGUUGGAAGUCUUCAAGUCGCGGCUCAGACAAACGUUUGAACCGCCUAGAGCUGAGUUCAGGGCUCGAACCGAACUCUUGAAGCUCAAGCAGGGUAAGCGUGAUGUGCACGCUUACGCUCAACAUAUACGACAUCUCACGAGUUGUAUAAGUUCCAAUCCGGUGGAUGAACACACGUUGGUUUCGGUGUUCAUGCAGGGUCUUGCGGAUGGUCCCGUCAAGACUCACCUGUUCCGGCUUGAACUAGAUUCACUAGAACAAGCCAUUUCCAUUGCGGAGCAGGAAGACUUCAGUCUGAGACAGGCUCGCGCCAGCUCGACAUCAUAUCGUCAACCGAAACGAUAUGACAACGGAGGUCCAGAGCCGAUGGAACUCUGUUAUGUAGAGAGCGAGAAGGCUCGCUCUACAUACUACAAGAAGUUGCAGAGAUGCAACAGAUGUCAAAAGACAGGACACUACGCUUACGAGUGUGGUGCCCCUCGUCCAGUGUCUCGCGACACUGGGCGUAGUGACCGUCCACCCAUGAGAAAAGGGCAGGGACGAGGGUCCGCAGUUGGUGCAAAGACGCAACAACGGGAUGGACCGUCAAAAAACGGACAGGAUCAGUAG